GGGGGGAUGGGGUGGUUGUAAGAUUGCAUCGUAAUCCGCUGGUCUGUCCCAUCAUUUUGUGCUAAACUGACAAGGAUUGCCUUCAAAAAUUCUUUAUCCUGGAAUUAUUCUACCUUUUUUUAUAGAAAUAGUUUAGUAUCCAAAAAAUUUUCAUUCUGAGAAGUAGUUAACUGUCACAAUUGACUAUAUUGUGGAACCGCAGAUCCCAGCAGGAAAUCCAUAAAUAGGAUACUGUCAUCACAACUGGCAUCUGGAACAGUGAUUCAGAAUUCAAACAAAGUGCCUUCUGAGGAUUAUGCUACUAUAGCCAGCUGUGAUUUGGAGAAUACUAAGGCAAUUCUAAAAGUGUGGGUAAAAUGGACAGCCAUUACCAAAACAAAAUGCAAGACCAUGAAAGAGAAAGACAGCACACCUAUGAAGAGGAAGGUGAGGAUGGUUACCCCUACCAUUCUGACUAUCCUGCCCAAGAGGAAGAUGCGGCCAGUGAUGCCACUGAAGGACAGGAUGAGGACGAUCAGAUGUAUGAAGGGGAAUAUCAAGGCAUUCCUCACCCAGACGAAAUCAAGGAGGCGCGGCGAGCUGCCCGUCGGGAGGCCAGGUUGAAGGCAAAGUUGGCCACCUUGCAGAAUGAGGAAACACUGGCUGAGCAGUACGAGAAUAUUAUGGAGGACUGUGGCCAUGGGCGCUUUCAAUGGACCCUUUUCAUCGUGCUUGGCCUGGCACUCAUGGCUGAUGGUGUGGAGUGUUUUGUAGUGGCCUUUGCUUUGCCGAGUGCAGAGAAGGACAUGUGCCUCUCCAAUGCCAGCAAGGGAAUGCUGGGUCUGAUCGUGUAUGUGGGGAUGAUGCUGGGAGCUGUAGUCUGGGGUGGUCUGGCUGAUAAACUGGGACGUCGUCAUUGUCUUAUCAAAGCUCUGGCUAUCAACUGCAUCUUCUCUUUCCUCUCCUCGUUCUCCCAGGGCUACGGAUUCUUCCUCUUCUGCAGACUCUGCUCAGGAAUUGGAAUAGGUGGCUCCAUCCCCAUUGUGUACACAUACUUUGCUGAGUUCCUGCAGAUGGAUAAACGAGGCGAGCACCUGAGCUGGCUGUGUCUGUUCUGGAUGCUUGGAGGCUUGUACGCUUCCUUCAGCGCCUGGGGAAUCAUCCCUCAUUAUGGUUGGGGUUUCAGUAUGGGCACAGAGUUCCAGUUCCACAGCUGGAGAGUGUUUGUGUUGGUGUGUUUUUUGCCCACAGUGGCUGCUCUUGCAGGACUCGUGUUUAUGCCUGAGAGCCCACGUUACCUCCUGGAGAAUUCAAGGCAUGACGAGGCCUGGAUGAUUCUGCGCCGUGUCCAUGACACCAACUGGAGGGCAAAAGGUGAACCAGAGAGAGUGUUUCAGGUUUCCCAGUUCAAGAGUCCACAAACUCAGGAGGACGAUUUCAUUGAGAUUCAGAGCGAGACUGGCACGGCCUUCCAAAGAUUCAUGGUCAGACAAAUGACCCUGGUCAAGCAGGUGAUGAAGAACUUAAUGUCACUUGCCACCCCUAAACUGAGACUCCACGGACUGUUCAUAGCCAUUGUCUGGUUUACGAUGGGGUUUGGCUAUUACGGCCUUUCAGUGUGGUUUCCUGACCAGAUAAAACACAUGCAGUAUGAAGAGUACAAGCCAAAGGUCCAGAUGUUUUCCAAUGAUAAGAUUGAACACUUUCACUUCAAUUUUUCUUUGAAGAACCAAAUUCACAAUGAGGGCCAUUAUGUCAGUGACUGGUUUAUUGGCAUAGAGAUGACAAAUGUGAGGUUUAAACAUGCCCUUUUUGAAGACUGUUACUUUGAGGACAUCAAGUCAACAGACACUUUGUUUGAGAACUGCACCAUCGUAAACACUGUUUUCUACAACACGGAUUUAUGGCCUGAUUCCAAGUUUGUCGACUGCAACUUCAUCAAUGUCACAUUUUUUCAUCCCAAAGGCGGCUGCCAUCUUAACUUUCAGGAGGAAAACGACAUCCUGAUUUAUUUAGUCAGCUUUUUGGGCAGCUUGUCUGUGCUACCAGGCAACAUCAUUGCAGGCCUCCUGAUGGAUAAAAUAGGACGAAUUAAAAUAAUAGGUAGCUCCAUGCUGGUGUCCUCUGGCUGUACUUUUUUCCUCUACCUCUGUUUCAAUGCCGGUGCUGUUAUCAGCAUCCAGUGUCUGUUCUUCGCAGCAUCUGCAGCUGCCUGGAAUGGGAUUGAAGUUAUAACAGUUGAGCUUUAUCCAUCCUCUAAAAGAGCGACUGCCUUUGGUGUACUAAAUGGCCUGUGCAAGUUCGCGGCUAUCAUUAGCACCUUCAUCUUCUCCAAGUUUGUUGGAAUUACUAAGAUUGUCCCCAUCUUACUGUCCUUCUCAGCCCUGGCGUGUGGAGGCCUCCUCACGUUCAAGCUUCCUGAGACACGUGAAGUCAUUCUGCAAUAAGCAACAAAAACAGCUAUUAUAAAGUUUGUAUAAAAAGCCAAACUUUAGAAGGCCUCAUAGGAGUGCUCUGGUCCACCUGGAAUCUGGACUUUCUUACAGUUAGAUUGGUGUAAAAGUGACAUGAUUGUGUAUGUAUUAAUAAUUAUGUUUACCCUAGCUUACAUUACACUAUAUGGCCAAAGGUUAUGUAGCUUUUCCUCAGACUGUUGUCACAGUUUGGAAACAUGUGAUAUAGAAUGUCUUGUGUAUACUGUAGCACUACAUUUUUCCCUUAACUGGAAUUCGGUUCCCCAAAUCUGAUUCAGCAUGACGAUUCCCCUGUCCAUGAAGUCGGCUCAGUGAAGACAUGGUUUGUCAAGUUUAAAGUGAAAGAACAUGACGGUCUUGCACCGAGCCCUAAAACCAACCCUUUUAAACACUUUUGGGUUGAACUGGACGCUUUUUUAAAAAUAUAUUUUGACAGACAGUUUAUCUACAUAGAUUUUUAAGAAUCCAGCCAAAGUGCAGAGCUGAGUAGAACGGAAUCAUUAUAUUUCAGCUACCAUUGCAAUGGAUUAUUAGUUUUGAGAAACAAACAACUUAACAAAAGACAUAUGUCUAUGCACAGUAGCAGACUUGUUUUUGGCAACUGAUCAGAACAUAAUUUACAUUAAGGUGAUGAUUGAAUAAAAAAACUUAAAUAAUGUACAAUAUAAUGAUGUGACUUUACAUCAUCUACUAUUACUAGUAGUAACACUACAACAAUUAAAAUAAAUAAAUAAAUAAUCAUUAUAAUCAUAAUAAUCAUAAUAAUUAUAAUACUGAUUCAUCAAUUUGGAUUUUUUUUUUCUGCACAAACUAACAACUUGCAUGAAAGCUAUGAAUAACAAGGCUUUUCUGUUUAUUAUAAUAAGUUUGUAAAAAAAAAAAAAAAAAAAAAAAAUAGCUUAGCUUUACCAAUUUUUCUGGAAAUGUAUCCACCCCUUUGACACUCAUUUUCUGUUUAUUCCGUCCUUUUUUACUAAAGACUGAGCAGUGUGUUGAGGUUUAAAUAUUCAUAGACAACUUAUUUUUUAUAGAAAACAUGAAUCAUUUACUUUUUCUGUAUUCUUUUUUUUUUAGCUUCAUUUCUUUUAUUUCGUUCUUUCCCCCAGAUUACAAUAUUACAAUCCAGUAAUGUUUUUUUUCUGUUCUGUGGGUGUGUUUCAAACCUGUUUAUUAAAGUACCUGUAUUGUUGCUGUAGUUUAUAUUUCGAGUAUCUGUUGUGAACAACUAGAUAUCUAUUUUAUUGUGUAUCAUUAUUGUGUUUCUUCUAUUUGGAUAUUUUAGAAUUAGGAUUUUUUAGAAAUGUCAGGUUAUAAAAGCAGCAAUUUCUCUGUAGGAAUGAGGAAUACACAAAGCUUGGUUUCCACUGCACAUUUAAAACAAAAACAGCAUCAAUAUUUUCAUCCAGUGUGAAUGACUGGACUGUUCGCUGUGCCAAGAGAUGGAGUAAAAAAGUGAACACAUCAUAGCUUUAGUAUACAACACACACAUAACAGUUGAUACAAAUGCACAUGAUAAUCCUACAAUAAUGCUUUCUUCAUUCAACUAUAACAUCAUUUCUAUAGAAUUUUAAAGAAAAAAUAGUAUGGCAUAUAGUUUAUUUUAUAGUAUACUAAUAUUUUAGACAGUACUACACAAUACAUAGUAUACCUUGUUUUUUAUGCCUUUAUAAUUCAUGCAUUUUACAUGUACAUUACAGUACAACCAUUUUAUAACCAAUGAAUAUCUCCUAAUAUCUAACACCAAUAUACUACAGUUCCUGUACAAUAUCCAUAAACAUUUUUUAUUUACACUAACUUGUUCAUAUUCCUGACUUUAAUGGUUUAUAAUAAAUAUGUAAUGGAUAUUAAAGACGUAUUACACCAGGAUUUCACAAAUGAUUUGUCAUGGAAAAGCCAUUAAGAAUUGACUGUAAUACAGAAACAUGUUAAUGCAUUAUACUCCAUGCGCAGAUACUAUGGUUUGUGUGGUGUGAGUGGAGUGAAAUGCUGAACUGUAAUUUUACAUGUUUAAAAAAUAUAUCGAAAUACACGAGUACUAUUAUUUUUCAGACCUAAAAUAAAACAGCAUAAAAGUU